AUGUCAGAACAAGUUGAAGCCACCUCAGCACCAUCGCAACCUCAUUUACAAACCGUUGGAUUCGAUCCAAGGUUCCCAAACCAGAAUCAAACUAAACAUUGUUGGCAAUCAUAUGUCGAUUAUCACAAAUGUAUCAACAUAAAGGGUGAAGAUUUCGCUCCUUGUAAAGUGUUUUGGAAAACUUAUUCUGCUCUAUGUCCAGUUGACUGGAUCGAAAAAUGGGAUGAGCAAAGAGAGAAAGGUACCUUUGCUGGUGAUAUCCAAAACAUUUAG